AUGAAACGAAUCAACCUCAUCCUUGUGCUGGUGUCCUUGUGUGUUGACAACGCUACGGCGCAGCCGGGGCAUCGGCUCGUGCAAGUCCAGAAUUUUCGCGACCCACCAACAAAUGUCGUGCUCGACACAUUCGGCAACGAGCUCGCAUCGGACACGUGCGACCUGAUGACCAAAGAGGGCGAUACGAAAUUUCACAUCGUGGUCAGAGGGCACGACCAGGACCAUCUCGUCCGCGUCACAGCCGAUGCCAUCACACUCGACGGCGUCGAGACAGGCAUCGACCCGCCCGACGAGACGUGGAAUCAGGCGUGGCGAGGCAUUGUGGUCACGAUCGCCGGACAGCGAAGAGGGCUGUACGAUCCAAUGACGCGCGCGUUUGUGCUCGCUGUCGAGCAUUCGUACAUCGGCAAGUACGGCGAGGGGCGUCUGGUUGUCGGUGAUGGCGUCGGCUGGGUGCGAUUUUUCGAUGUGGAAACGCGCCUUUUUUCAGAGCAGCGCUAUCGCAGCGCGACCCGUUUCUCUGAAGGGCACGCGAUCGUCGAAAACCCGAACUGGCAGCCGACGCUCGACGAUCCGACUCACCUUGUGAUCGAUUCGAAUUACUCGGUUGUCGGACCUGUCGAGGCCAGGCUGGACCGGCUUCACGAACAUGGCCCGUUCCUGAAUGAUCGCGCUUGCGUGCGGAGCAAGGACGGAUACUACGGCUACAUUCGGACCGACGGGACACUCGCGAUUCCCUGCGUUUUCCAAUACGCGCGUGGCUUCCAUCAGGGCGUUGCGUCGGCGAUUCUCCCGGGCACGAAGUCCGGCGAGCCGUACGAAGCGGCGCUGUCCGUCGUGGAUCCGGGGGAGCGCUACGACCGCAUACACAUGGGCAUAGGCGUGAUGAUCCGAAAAUCCGGCAGGAUCUUUGACCAGCUUAUGUCACAAGACUGGUACGUCGCCAGUGACGCUGCGUACCACGGGUGCAUUCAAGCCCGUCGGCAAGGCGACCAUUUCGGAGCGUGUCUCCUCCUUGACCUUGACGGGCAUAUCUUGUGGGAAGAGCCGACGGGACAGGCACCGGUCGAGCAGGCGCGAUACCUCCUGGACACCCGGGGCAACGUCUACAACAACGACUUUCAGGACCUCAAGUCCGUCCGUAUCGUGCCGGGGCACGAGAACGACGCGCUCGCACUCCAUACGGAAGACGUGGUCAUCAUCGACGGGCGGGAGACGGAUAUCCCGCCGAUGAUCGACGGGGUCCGGGGCUUCUUGAGCAUGAGUAUCGUCGGCGAGCACGUCGCGUGCUUCCACUCGCCGUCGCUCCAUGACGUCAACGGAACGGUCAGAUUCUACUCCCUUCGAGAGCAGCGCGUGACGUCACAACUCGAGGGAUUAAUGCGACCCUUGCAGCCCCCGAUCGGCAACACCCGUUCGGGCUCACCGUUCUACUCGGUCGAGCGGAUGAGCGACGAGACGAUCCUGCACUGCGGCCUCUACGAGCCCGCGACCGAUCGCUUUGUGCUCGAACCCGAGUACCCGUUCAUCGGCAACUACGGCAACGGGAUGCAUCCGGUCCAGAUCCGGCCGCUCGAGGACGCGUACUUUGACGUGGCGACCGAGUCGCUGCUGCCGCGGCGUUACGUUUCCGCGACCCCGUUCAGCAACGGGCUCGCCUGCGUCGUCCGUCGCCCGCCCGGCUUCGCGGGGCCGAGCGACGCCGAGAUGCGUGACAUGUAUGAGCGCCAGCGGAAAAACCCGUUCGCAUCCCUUCGUACCGAGCAGAAGCGGCCGAAUGAGCGCGUCGUCAUCGACUCAGAAUUUCAACAGCUGAGCGAGCCGAUCGCCCAUCAAAGCGUGGGGAUGGUCUGGUAUGACGGCAGGACGAUCGCUCGACUCUCCCCAAAGCGCUACGGCAUCAUUGACACCCGAGGCGACUUUGUCGUCCCGCCGGUGUUCGAAUUCCUCACGGAGAUCGUUGAAGGGCGAGCGAUCGCACGUAUCCCUCUCGUCUCCACCCCGGUGACAGACCAGCCAACACGCGAGGCGCUGAGCGUCCUCGGGCUCGACAUCGACCCGCUCUCGGAGGAGGCGGGCCAACCCUUUGUCAUCGACACACAAACCGGCCGAGCCAUCGAGGCGUUCUUGCGACCGUCCGUCCCGCGAAACUCGGGGCUCCGGUUCGUGCACGACAGAAUCCUGAUGAAUCCAUCGGAACGCGACGACAAGCACGGCAUGGCGCUGCUCGAACUCGAUGGCCGGGUGCUCUGGCAGGAGCCGGUGUCGGCGCGCGGCUGA